AAUUUCUAUCUAUUUCAAGUUUGAGCUUCCGGUCACUCUGAUUGGCACAAAUAUUUCUAGAAUUUUUGCAAAUUAAGCCGAAUUUUAUUGUUUUCACAAUCCGAAACACGGAACAGUUAAAAUGGUCGACUACAGCAAAUGGAAAAAUAUUGAAAUUUCGGAUGAUGAGGAUGAAACACACCCGAACAUUGAUACCCCUUCAUUGUUCCGCUGGCGGCAUCAGGCACGAGUUGAACGCAUGGCGGAGUCGGAGAAAGAGAAGGAGGACAUGAAAGCGAAACGCCAGAGUUACCAGGCCCGCUUGAUGGACGUCAAGGAACGCAUCAGCAAGAAAGACGGUGACGAGGCCGCACUAAAGAAAGAGUUGGAUAAGAUUGAAAACGAAGGCAAAGACCUCGAUCGUCAGGAGAACGAAUUGCUCAAGAAAGACAAGAAGACGCCAUGGAAUGUGGACACAAUCAGCAAACCUGGUUUCGAAAAGACCGUCAUCAACAAGAGGGCCGGUCGCAAACCCGAUGAGAAUCUGAGCGAAGAGGAGCGCGAGCAGCACCUCAAACAGUUCGUAAAGGACAAUGAGAAGCUGUGUAAGGAAUACGGCAUGCUGCGCAAAUACGAUGCAUCCAAGCGUUUUCUGCAGAGCAACCUACAUUUGGUGUGCGAGGAGACAGCAAACUAUUUGGUCAUUUGGUCCAUCAAUUUGGAGAUGGAGGAGAAGCACGAGCUGAUGGCUCAUGUGGCGCAUCAGUGCAUUUGCAUGCAAUACAUACUUGAGCUGGCCAAACAACUGGACGUCGAUCCGCGUGCCUGUGUCAGCUCGUUCUUCCAGAAGAUUGAACAUUGUGGUGUCGAGUAUCGCCAACAGUUUGAGAGUGAGAUCGAGGGAUUCAAGGGACGCAUUCAGAAACGUGCCCAAGAGAAAAUUCAAGAAGCUGUGGCACAAGCAGAGGAGGAGGAGCGCCAGGAAAAUAUGGGACCCGGGGGCCUUCAUCCAGCUGAUGUGUUUGAAACGCUGCCCGAUGAACUGAAGGCUUGCUUUGAGUCGCGUGAUAUUGAGCUGCUGCAGAAGACAAUUGCCACAAUGCCCGUAGAUGAGGCCAAGUAUCAUAUGAAGCGAUGUGUUGACUCUGGUCUUUGGGUGCCCAAUGAAGGCGAAGCGCCCUUCAAAGAUGAUAAGGGCGAUGAAGCUUCCGGCAGUAAAACUGACGAGAAGAAGCAGGAGGAAAAGGAGCAAAAAACUACCUCGCCAAGCGCCAAGAAAGCAGAGGAGAAGGAGAAAGAGGAGCCCAUCUAUACAGGCGUUAGCACUGAGGAUGUCGAUUGAUUGAUUGUCGUCCCUUAAAACCGAUGCAGAUUAAUGGAUUAUGCUUAAAUUAUAAGUCGUACUAUACUAUAAAAACAAAACAACAACAUAAAC